UCGAGAGGCGAAGUGUCGAGGUCGAAUUGUAGGAUUUCUCCUGCAUUGAUUCAAAUAAGGCAAAAUGCCGUCCGACUUUGACAAGGACGCCUAUCCGGAGCCUCCGCGGCAGACUCCGGCUGUGAACAAACAGACUGCUUUGCCAAACCCAGCCGUGAUUGUGUCUAAGCUCUUCUAUUACUCCGUGGACUUGCCUGUCACCACAUUUCGAGAGGUUGUCGACAGCAUUCAGGCUAAAAACAAGUCAGUCUACUACCACCAGAAGUUCCGCCGCGUUCCCGACCUGACCCAGUGCCAACACGGGGACUACCUGUGCUACUACGAGGCUGAGAUGCAGUGGAGGAGAGACUACAAAGUGGACCAGGAGAUCGUGAAAGUGGUCCAGGAGCGUAUGCGGGCCUGCCAGCAGAGAGAAGGCUUCAGCUUCCAGCAGAACUGUUCUAAAGAGAGAGAGCAGUUCAAUGAGGUUACCAAGAAUUACCAGUUACGCUAUGGCGACCUGGGUGCGUAUGCCAGCGGCAGAAAAUGCCUCAUGAAGCAAAAAGAGAGGAUGAUGGCAGCGCAGAUGCAAAAUGCUUAAAUCCUCUUGUCUGUGUAAUAGUUGUAAAAUAAAGUAGCUAAAUACUUUUUUAA